CUUUGAACAUCUCUUCCAGCUGUGCAAUACAGAAAACACGUCAGGAAAGAAUCUGCUUUACAGGGUUAGACCCCCAUCACAUGACAACAUGAAGCUGUGGACUCAUCUCUUUUAUUCAUCUCUGCUUGCCUGUAUAUCUUUACAGUCCCCAUCACCAGUGCCCUCACUCAAAGGAUCUUGUGAUACCCUUUGCAACUGUGAGGAAAAAGAUGGCACAAUGUUAAUAAAUUGUGAAGAAAAAGGUAUCAAGGAAUUAUCCCAAAUAAGUGUGCCACCAUCACGACCUUUUCACCUGAGCUUAUUGAAUAAUGGCUUGACAAUGCUACAUACCAAUGACUUUUCUGGACUUAGCAAUGCUAUUUCCAUACACCUGGGAUUUAACAACAUUGCAGACAUUGAGACUGGUGCGUUUAAUGGCCUUGGCCUUCUGAAACAACUUCAUAUCAACCACAAUUCUUUAGAAAUUCUUAAGGAGGACACUUUUCAUGGAUUAGAAAACUUGGAAUUCCUACAAGCCGAUAACAAUUUCAUUACAGUGAUUGAACCAAGUGCCUUCAGCAAGCUCAACAGACUUAAAGUUUUAAUCUUAAAUGACAAUGCUAUUGAGAGUCUUCCACCAAACAUCUUUCGAUUUGUUCCUCUAACCCACUUAGAUCUGCGUGGAAAUCAGUUGCAAACAUUGCCUUAUGUUGGUUUUUUAGAACACAUUGGCCGAAUAUUGGAUCUCCAGUUGGAGGACAAUAAGUGGGCAUGCAAUUGUGACUUAUUGCAACUCAAAAUCUGGUUGGAGAACAUGCCUCCACAGUCUGUCAUUGGGGAUGUCGUAUGCAACAGUCCGCCAUUUUUCAAAGGAAGCAUAUUGAGUCGACUGAAAGCAGAGUCAAUUUGCCCAACUCCACCAGUGUAUGAAGAGUUCGAGGACCCUUCUGGAUCAUUGCACCUGGCAGUCACAUCUUCAAUAAGUGAUAGUCUCAUGUCAACCAAGACCAUAUCCAUUUUUAAACCACCUACCAAAGCACCUGGUUUGAAUCCUUAUCUUACAAAGCCAUCGACUCAGCUCCCAACACCCUACUGUCCAAUUCCUUGCAACUGCAAAGUCCUAACCCCAUCAGGACUUCUAAUACAUUGUCAAGAACGCAACAUCGAAAGCAUAGCAGAUCUAAAACCUCCUCCACAGAAUCCCAGAAAGCUGAUUCUAGCAGGAAACAUUAUACACACGUUAAUGAAAUCUGAUCUAGUGGAAUAUUUCACGCUGGAAAUGCUUCAUCUGGGAAACAAUCGUAUUGAAGUUCUUGAAGAAGGGUCGUUUAUGAAUCUUACAAGACUACAAAAGCUCUACCUUAAUGGCAACUAUCUCACCAAACUAAACGGAGGCAUGUUUCUUGGUCUUCCCAACCUUGAGUAUUUAUAUCUCGAAUACAAUGUGAUUAAGGAAAUUCUACCAGGAACCUUUAACUCACUGCCUAAACUCAAAGUACUUUAUUUAAACAACAAUCUCCUUCAAGUUUUACCCCCGCAUAUUUUUUCCGGAAUUCCUCUAACUAGGAUAAAUCUUAAAACAAACCAGUUCACCCAUCUCCCUGUCAGUAACAUCUUGGAUGAUCUGGGUUUAUUGUCCCAGAUUGACCUUGAGGAUAACCCCUGGGACUGCUCUUGUGAUCUAGUUGGAUUACAGCAAUGGAUACAAAAAUUAAGCAAGAACACGGUGACGGAUGACAUCCUCUGCAUGUCGCCACCUCAUCUCAACAAAAAGGAAUUGAAAGCCCUGAACAGUGAACUUCUCUGCCCAGGUUUAGUAAAUAACCCAUCCCUGCCAACCCAGAGUCAUUCCAUGAUCGUCACAACUCCUACGAGCACUACAAAUACUGCAGGGACUCUUUUAAGCUCUCUCACAGAUGCUGUCCCGCUGUCAGUUCUAAUAUUGGGACUUCUAGUUGUCUUCAUCACCAUUGUGUUCUGUGCUGCCGGGAUAGUGGUUCUUGUUCUGCAUCGCAGGAGAAGAUGCAAAAAGAAGCAAGUCGAAGAUCAAGUGAGAGACAAUAGUCCUGUACACCUUCAGUACAGCAUGUAUGGCCACAAAACAACUCAUCACACAGCUGAAAGGCCCUCAGCCUCUCUCUACGAGCAGCACAUGGUGAGUCCAAUGGUUCAUGUCUACAGAAGUCCGUCCUUCGGUCCAAAGCAUUUGGAAGAGGAAGAAGAAAGGAAUGAGAAAGAAGGAAGUGACGUGAAGAAUCUCCAAAGAAGCCUUUUAGAACGGGAAAAUCACUCACCACUCACAGGAUCAAACAUGAAAUACAAAACCACAGACCAAUCCACAGAAUUUUUAUCCUUCCAGGAUGCCAGUUCAUUAUACAGGAACAUUUUAGAGAAGGAACGAGAACUUCAGCAACUGGGAAUCACAGAGUACCUAAGGAAAAAUAUCGCUCAGCUCCAGGCUGACAGGGAGGUACAUUACCCCGCAGCCCAUGAAGAACUGAAGUUGAUGGAAACGCUAAUGUACUCACGGCCAAGGAAGGUAUUGGUGGAACAGACUAAAAAUGAGUAUUUUGAGCUCAAAGCUAAUUUACAUGCUGAACCUGACUAUUUAGAAGUCCUGGAGCAGCAAACUUAGAUGGAGACUCGAAGGGCUUUGGCAGAAAUGCUGUGAUUCUGUCUUAAGUCUAAAUCUUGGAAAUAAGUGCCUUACAUGAGUGAGUAGGUCUUCAAUCAGAACUUAAGCACAGCAGUUAUAUGGG